AUGACUGCUUCCCGCUUCAGAUCUAUCCGACCUUCUUUAGUUGAAUCGGAUGCGCCAGAGUCUCAUCCCAUCAAGUCCAACAUGCCAUAUGAUCCUCUACUUAUUCACGCGACAAGUGCGUCCGAGCAUGCGACGGCUGUCGUUAAAAAGAGAUACACGCGACAGGUUCCAGAGGCUGAGGCUGGUAUAAAAGCAGGCAAGAAUUCAAAUGAGAGAUUGGACGGUGCAUUCAUCCAAUUAGAAUCGCAAAUUUACGUCAGCGCCGAAUUCGACCAAAGCCUCGACCAUCGAAACGUGUCCGUUUUGAACCGCAAGGUGCAUGGCGGUCAGCCCAUUUCCAUCCGCCAUGGACACUGUCGCCGCAGCACCAUGCAUGAGCAACAAGCGUCCUACCCUUGCGUAUCCCAGAGCGGCAGCCACGUGAAGAGGCGUGCGUCCGUCGUUGUCCCGAGCUUUUACGUCUGCAACAUGAGCCAGCAAUAA